AUGGACAAAAAAUCCGAUGCUUCCGAUUGGUAUUUUACAGGAAAAAUAAUUUUAAUGAAAGACAAUUUCCAAGAAAUAAAAAGAUCGAGAGUUGGUAGAGGAGGAACUGAUCUACUUAAAAAGAUCAAUGAAUACGAAGGCGAAAAUUGUUACAUACCUACAGAUGGUCACUGUUUUAUCAAAUGCGUCAAUCGUGUUUUGAACAAAGAUUUAACGUGUAAAUUUCAAGAAUACAUCAACGGGUUUUCAAAAGCAAAUAGAAAAGGAGUGAUGACUUGUGCUAGAAUGAAUGAAUUCAACAAGAAAUUCAACACUUCGUUUCAAAUUUAUAAUCCCAAAAACAGACAUUUUCACCCCAGAGACGUUCACGAUGAAUUAGAUUGGGUUUUCUACUUACACAACUCGCAUUUCUGUUUGAUUAGAAGAAGCCAAAAAAGUUGGGGAAUUCAAGAAAUAGAAGACAAUUACGAACAGGUGUGGAAAACGUGUAGAGACGACAACGCAGUAACACAGGUUUCACCCCUCAAACUAAACGUGCUUUCGAGUAUGAGUGAUGAUGCGUUAUUCGCUUGGGAUUGCGAAACGUAUUCAGAAAAAGACACGCGAAGAGCAAUUCCAUAUUGUUGCACUUUAAUUAAUUUAGAAAAACUAAGGAAAAUGUUAAACAGAAUAAAUAAUCUCUUUCCAGAUUUAAAGCCGUCAGAUCCCAUUCCAGAAGAAUUUUAUGAUAAACUAAUGAAUGUAGUAGAAAUAUUUGUAGGUACAGAUUGCAUCGAUCAAAUGUUGAAAUAUUUAGGUCAAUAUGAUAGAAAGAGAUUAAUAUUAAUUUCUCAUAACGGCAGUGGAUUCGACAACUGGAUCGUGCUUAAAAAUGCAAAAAAACUAACGCAUUGCCCUUUAAAAACACCCAGAGGAAUUCUAUCUUUUCCUUUAUCUAAUCCAUACACGGAUGAAGAUUUACAGAAAAAAUGGAAAAGACAGAAAGAAAUAAAGGAUAAUUAUUUACAACGUAUUAAUUUCACGUGUUCCUAUCAACACGAAUCCUCUAGUUUGGCUGCAUGGGAAAAUUCUUCCAAUCUUCCCGCGAAUUUGAGAAAGAUUGCCGACGGUUGGUAUUAUUUAUAUCAUUACGAUAAAGAAAUGGUGGAAGAAGAAUGGUAUGAAACUACUAGAAUGGUUGCGAAACAUACCGAAAAAGAAAACGUAGAAAAAGUUUAUUCGCACACAAAUCCUUUUAUAAGAAAUUUUAUCAGACGAUCUAUUAAAGGAGGAAGAGUUUCGGCAAAUAGAAAAUCAUUUGAAACGAACAAAAUGGAUGAAAUUUGUAACGUAUUAAAGGAAUAUAUUUCACAAAGUGAAAGUAAUAACAUAAUUGAUUUAUUCAAAGAAUACAGUGCAAGCACAAAAGACAAAACGGAGGUUCAUUCGAGACUUAAAAAAAUAGAAUGUACUAAACUAAUGGCAUUUGAUGCUAACGGUUUAUACGCUUCCGCCAUGUCGGAUUUAGACAGUGAAUAUCCUAGAGCGGAAAGUGGAAGACCGUUUCUACCAGAAGAAGAAAAAGAAUUUGUAAAACUCUUCAAUAAACAAAAAUUCAGACCUAGAACAGCUAUUUUAACAGUGUGGUUUGACUACCCCAAAAACAUGUUCUUCCAACCGAUACCAGCUAAAGAUAAAAUCACUUUCACGAAUAAAGAAGGUAAAAAGGAAACUGGUAACAAAAUCAGGUUCAGAAAUGGUUUCUGUCACGACGUUUUAACAUCGGUGGAUAUUCAAGAAAUAGUGAAAGCCGGUGGACGAAUUAUUAGAAUAUUAGAUGGUAUAGUUUACGAAGAAAAUUUUAAAACUCCACCCUAUAGAGAUUAUAUUUUAAUUUUGAGAGAUCUAAGAAAUAAAUAUAAACGAGAAGGUAAUAUCGUGGGUAGUAAUUGCAUGAAAUUAUUAGGUAAUUCCUUGUAUGGUAAAUCAAUUCAGAAAGACAUAUUCACAACUAGACAUUUAUGGAAUGAAGCAACUUUACAGGCCAACUUUGAUUCACGCGUUAAAACCUAUGAGAAAAUUAAUGAUACUCAAUAUAUUGUUGAAACAGAAAUUGAAGAAAAAGAGACCGAAGACAGUAAAUCUACACGACUAACACCUAGUCAUUUGGGAUCAUUCGUUUUAUCUCACACACCAAAAGUCAAAUACAACAUCGUUUUGACUUCUGACGGUGUUUUAAAAGAAAAGAAAACGUUUAAACGUUAUUCUAAUGAUAAGAUAAGUGUAGAAGAUUACGUUCAGUUAGCAAGCGGACAUGAUGUGUCGAACGAAUUUAAUAAACCAUGGGAAAAAAGUUUCACCAAUGGAGUAGUUAUUCCAAAUGAUAAACAAACUAAAGUUUUCAGAAGUUAUUUGAAUAAUGUUAAAAGAAAACCACCAAACAGUGAAGGAAUUAUGUAUCCUUACAACGACAAAGAUGAGUAUAGUUUUGACGAAAACUAUGAAUUUGAUGAUUUCGAUUAUCUUUCUAAUCAAGAAGAGAAUGAAGAUUGUUUUAAAUGA